UCCCUAGUCGCAUUUCUUUGUCUGCAAGAGAUCAACAAAGAUGUUUAUAUUGCCUUAUAUCCUGGUCAUUGGGCUUCUCUGUCUGCCGUCAAAGACCAUCGCCGAGUGCUGCAGGCCCUUACCCAUAAGUUUCCAAUUGGCCAAAACCAAUUCGCUGUUAAACUGCGAAAUGUUUGGCGGCACUCUGGACAUUAACUACUCCUGCAAAUCGAGGAUAUGUGGUGACGGCAUGAAUGUGUGGGGCGCCUGGUGCGGCCAAGGCGCUUGCAAUCCGCGUGGAUGUAGCUGCCUGAAUGGUUGCAUAGAAGGCGAUCCCAUUAUGAACUUCCGCCUAAAGCAUGGACUCGAAAACUUCGUCCACGUGGGACCUCAAUUGGAAAAUUAUAUGUAAUGCACUUAAUGCUCCUGAACGCCUUUACUCAUGGAAUUACAUAUCUGGAAGAGAAAAUCGAUUUUCAUUGUCAUACUCCGCACUGCCGGAAUGGAAUUUAUUACCAUCGAAGUUAAAAUUUGUCUCGCUCUAUUUAGACUUUUGUAUGGUGUUCCGGGAGGGAGCCCCACAAGCUCUCACUUUCCUGGGAUACUCGUAGUACUCGUAUGUAGGUAACCUAAAUAAAGCCUUGCACCUGACAGGCGAACCGAA